CUCCCUCCCUCCCUCUCUUUAUCUUUGACUCUCUUCCUCUGUGGCCGAGGCGAGGCAGCACUCUCUUGUUUUGUGACUGUUGGUGUUUGGCUCAAGCAGAGCAGAGGAUUGACGUGUGAAAGCCCUGUGAUUAUUCUCCUCCUGGUUCUGGUUCCUGGUUUUGGUUCCUGGUUCGAGGUUCUGGUCCUGGUGUAGAGGCGAGGACACGGCAGCCUCCUCUCUGCCUGUCGUCAAGGUUUCCGGGCUUGGAUGAGAUCUCUCCACGGUGAGAGGUCAAGCCGCCUGCAGCCAUGCCCCCGCCUGCAGACAUUGUGAAGGUGGCUAUAGAAUGGCCCGGAGCCUUCCCCAAGCUGAUGGAGAUAGACCAGAAAAAGCCUCUCUCCGCCAUCAUUAAGGAAGUGUGCGAGGGGUGGUCUCUGGGGAACCCGGAGAACUUUGCUCUCCAGAACGCUGAGAACACAGUCUUCUACAUCACAGAGAAGAAUCGUAACGACAUAAAGAACGGCUCCAUUCUGCGUCUGACAACAUCUCCUUCCCAGACAGCGCUGCAGCUGCAUGAGCGUGUCCAGUCGUCCAGUAUGGACGCCAAGCUGGAGGCCCUGAAGGACCUGGCCAGCUGCUCCAGAGACGUCACCUUCGCCCAGGAGUUCAUCAACCUGGACGGCAUCUCACUGCUCACUCAGAUGGUGGAGAGCGGCACAGAACGCUAUCAGAAACUACAGAAGAUUAUGAAGCCCUGCUUCGGAGACCUGCUGUCCUUCACACUGACCGCCUUCGUGGAGCUCAUGGACCAUGGGAUUGUCUCCUGGGACACCUUCUCUGUGGCCUUCAUCAAGAAGAUCGCCAGCUUCGUGAACAAGUCUGCCAUGGACACGGCGGUGCUGCAGAGGUCUCUGGCCAUCCUGGAGUCUAUGGUGCUCAACAGCCAGGACCUCUACCAGAAGGUGGCGCAAGAGAUCACCAUCGGACAGCUCAUCCCUCACCUGCAGGGGAGCGACCAGGACAUCCAGACCUACACCAUCGCUGUAAUCAACGCUCUGUUCCUCAAAGCCCCUGAGGAGAAGAGACAGGAGAUGGCCCACAUCCUAGCCCAGAAGCAGCUACGCUCCAUCAUCCUUAGUAAUGUGAUCCGAAGCCCCAAGCCCAUUAACGAUGAGAUGGCCCACCAGCUGUACGUGCUGCAGGUUCUGACCUUCAACCUGCUGGAGGACCGCAUGAUGACCAAGAUGGACCCCCAGGACCAGGCCCAGAGAGACAUCAUCUUUGAGCUGCGGAGGAUUGCCUUCGAUGUGGAGUGUGAACCCAACAACAGCGGCAGCAUUGAGAAACGCAAGUCCAUGUACACCCGGGACUACAAGAAGCUGGGCUUCAUAAACCAUGUGAACCCGGCAGUAGACUUCACUCAGAUCCCUCCAGGCAUGCUGGCCCUGGAUAACAUGCUGUACUUCUCCAGACACCACCAGGACGCUUACAUCAGGAUGGUUCUGGAGAACAGCAGCAGGGAGGAUAAACACGAGUGCCCGUUUGGACGCAGCAGCAUCGAGCUCACCAAGAUGCUCUGUGAGACGCUCAGAGUGGGGGAACUACCCAGCGAGAACUGCCAUGACUUCCAUCCCAUGUUCUUCACCCACGAGCGCUCCUUUGAGGAGUUCUUCUGCAUCAGCAUCCAGCUGCUCAACAAGACCUGGAAGGAGAUGAGAGCCACUAGCGAAGACUUCAACAAGGUUAUGCAGGUGGUGAAGGAACAGAUUGUUCGAGCUCUCACUCUCAAGCCUAAUUCCCUGGACCAGUUCAAGAGUCGUCUGCAGAACCUGAGUUACACGGAGAUCCUGAAGAUCCGCCAGUCAGAGAGGAUGAACCAGGAGGACUUUCAGUCCCGGCCCAUCCUGGAGCUGAGGGAGAAGAUCCAGCCAGAGAUCAUGGAGCUGAUCAAGCAGCAGAGGCUGAACAGGCUUUGUGAUGGAACCUGCUUCAGGAAGAUCAGCACCCGCAGGAGGCAGGAUAAGUUCUGGUUCUGUCGUCUGUCUCCGAACCACAAGGUCCUCCACUACGGAGACCUGGAGGAGAGCCCUCAGGGGGAGGUCCCCCAUGACUCUCUGCAGGACAAACUGCCCGUGGCUGACAUCAAAGCUGUGGUCACUGGCAAGGACUGUCCCCACAUGAAGGAGAAGGGAGCACUCAAGCAGAACAAGGAGAUUCUAGAGCUGGCGUUCUCUGUCCUCUACGAGUCUGACGAGUAUUUAAACUUCAUCGCUCCUGACAAGCACGAGUACUGUGUGUGGACAGACGGUCUAAACGCCCUCCUGGGGAAGGAGAUGACCAGCGACCUCACCAGGUCAGACAUGGACACCCUGAUCUCCAUGGAGAUGAAGCUCCGCCUCCUAGACCUGGAGAACAUCCAGAUCCCCGAGGCCCCGCCCCCCAUCCCCAAAGAGCCUAGCAACUAUGACUUUGUUUAUGACUGUAACUAAGCAACCCACCAAGCAACACAACCCAGCAACCGGCCCACCUGCUGUACUGGACCAACUGUCAUUCUGAUCCACAACCCGGGAAAUAACAAAAAUAAACGGU